AUGAAAUCAAAGAAAAAGGAAGGAGAAACUUAUCAUGAAUCCACUUAUUGCUGUUGCUUCUGUUAUCGCUGUUGGGUUGGGCUUGCUUCUAUUGGACCUGGAGUUGGUCAUGGCACAGCUGCAGGGCAAGGUGUAGAGGGGAUUGCGAGACAACCGAAAGCAGAGGACAAAAUACGGGGUACUUUAUUACUUAGUUUGGCUUUUAUGGAAGCUUUAACUAUUUAUGGAAAUAGAGAAAAGAGGAUAGGCUCAUUCCAUAAUAAAUAUGGGGAAAUUUCCUAUAAGGAAUUGAGUAGAAUCUUGAGAACUAUUCGAAACUCAGAAGAACUCCGGGAAACAGCCAUUGAACAACUGGAAAAAGCCCGGGCCCGUUUAAGGAAAGUAGAAAUGGAAGCAGAUCGGUUUCGAGUGAAUGGUUAUGCCGAAGAACGAGAAAAAUUGAAUUUAAUUAAUUCAAUUGAUACAAGUUUGGAACAAUUCGAAAAUGACAAAAAUAAAACCAUUCAUUUUGAACAACAAAGGGCGAUUAAUAAAGUCCAACAAAGUGUUUUACAACAAGCAUUACAAGGAGCUCUGGGAACUCUUAAUAGUUUCUUAAGCAACGAGUUACAUUUACGUACGAUCGGUGCUACUAUUGGUAUGUUUGGGUCGAUGAAAGCAAAAAAUAACUGA